GUAUGUGAAUUGGAAUGUGUUAGCAUUACAUUUACAUUAAAUUACAAUAAUUUUGAUCCUUUAUUUGAAAUUCUAAUUAGAUAAUAUUCUAUGACGUUUUAUGGACAUUUAAUAAUGAUCUAGUUUCCAGUAGGGAUGAGGUGCUAAAAUUUAAAUUAUUGCAAUAACAAAGGCUGACUGUCAGUGAAUCGAUUAUAAGUACCGAAGGUCAGAGGGUUUGCAAGUGUGUGUAUGUAUGCAAGUAUGCAGGCGAGCUCAGUGCGGCGUUGCUGCUGCACGCCUGCACCGGCGGUUGCAACACCCUCCCCCCUUCGUUCUCGGCUUCUCACUCGACGCCGUCUUGCCGCUAGCCUGUCUCACCUCGCGGCCGGCAGCCUUGCGCGACGCGCCGCGCUCUUUCACAUUCAAAAUUAUUCACAACCAUUGCAAAAACUCUCUGUGCAAUAAUAAAAAAUACAUUAUCGGUCAUUGCGGCUGUCAUUAGGUUUAUAACAGAGAGAUUAGAAAUUUAUCAACAGAAUUCAUUGUGCAAAUUUUAGUGGCCUUAAAAGUUUGAAUGCACUCCUCGUUGCAUAUCCCGCGAACGCGCCUCGUUAUGAGAACCCCGUAGGUAUUGGCGGUCACGUUGACGUCGCGCGGACCGCGGUGCCGCCAUAUCUGUCUCGGCCACAACUAGCAAAAUUAAUAGGCCCAAAAUUGUGUUCAUCUCUAAUCAUAGAAAUUCAAUAACCCGCGCAUUCGCUUUUUGAAAUUCGCCUUCACCCGGAUGGAAUGAGGAGUGCACAAUCUUAUUGUUUCACUGUUUCAUAUGUUUGAACAUCUUUUGUUUUUUUGUUUUUCGGACGAUUAGAGAAUUGUCAUUUUGUUACAAAAUUACAAAAAUUGUAAAAUAAAGAAUGGCGGAGGGCAAUGGAGAAAUAUCCUAUGAUGAGGUAGCUGGGAAGGAUUCUGAUGUUGGCCGGACAGAAGAUUACCACAAACUUAUUGAGUAUGGCUUGGAUCCUAAGGUAGCCGCCAAGCUCGACGACAUUUAUAAGACUGGAAAGCUAGCGCACGCAGAGUUGGACGAGCGUGCUCUAGAUGCCUUAAAAGAAUUUCCAUCCGACGGUGCUUUAAGUGUUCUUGGACAAUUUUUAGAUUCAAAUCUCGAACAUGUAUCCAAUAAAAGUGCUUUUUUGUGUGGAGUUAUGAAGACCUAUAGACAGAAAAGUCGGGCGGGCGUUCCCGGUGCUCCCGCUCUGACUCCGACUGUGCAGGUCAAGGGCCCCGACGAGGAGAAGAUAAAGCAAAUCUUGGCCCGAACCGGUUACACGUUAGAUGUGACUACAGGUCAACGCAAGUAUGGGGGUCCGCCGCCCGGGUGGGAGGGGGGCACGCCGGGCGCCGGCUGCGAGGUGUUCUGCGGCAAGAUCCCCAAGGACAUGUACGAGGACGAACUCAUACCGCUGUUCGAACGCUGCGGCACUAUCUGGGACCUGCGACUCAUGAUGGACCCCAUGACGGGUGCCAACCGCGGCUACGCCUUCGUCACCUUCACCACCAGGGACGCCACGCAGCGGGCCGUGCACGAGCUGAAUGAUUAUGAAAUUCGAAAGGGGAAAAAGAUUGGCGUUACCGUUUCCUUUAACAAUCACCGGUUAUUCGUGGGGAAUAUUCCCAAGAAUCGAGAUCGGGACGAAUUGUUUGAGGAGUUUUCUAAGCACGCACCUGGCCUCGUUGAAGUCAUUAUAUAUAGUUCGCCCGAUGACAAGAAGAAAAAUAGAGGAUUUUGUUUUUUGGAAUACGAGUCUCACAAAGCGGCUUCGCUGGCCAAGCGCAGACUCGGCACCGGGAGGAUAAAGCAGGUUUGGGGCUGUGAUAUUAUAGUCGACUGGGCUGACCCUCAAGAAGAACCCGACGAGCAGACCAUGAGCAAAGUGAAGGUGCUGUACGUGCGGAACCUGACUCAGGACAUUACGGAGGAGGCGCUAAAAGAAGAGUUCGAGCACUACGGGAACGUGGAGCGAGUUAAGAAGAUCAAGGACUAUGCCUUCGUGCACUUCGACGACAGGGACUGCGCGGUGAAGGCGAUGCAAGAAUUGGACGGGAAAGACCUGGGAGGAUCCCGCUUGGAGGUGUCACUGGCGAAACCACCUUCGGACAAGAAGAAGAAGGAGGAGAUCCUACGUGCUCGCGAACGUCGUAUGAUGCAGAUGAUACACGGACGCUCUGGGUUCGACUGGUGCGGGUGCUCGCCGCCGCACGCCAUGCGGGGCCGCACGCCGCAGCAGGCGCCGCGCCCGCAGCACGCCCGCCCCGACUACGAUUAUGAUUACGACUAUUACGGAUACGGUGAUUACCGAGGUGGCUACAAUGAGCCGUUUUACCGGUACGAUGAGUUCUAUUUUGAUUACGCGGGGCCGCCGCAACCGUCCGCCGUCCGCCAGCCUCCCAACAGACCGCAGCCGGACGACGAGCUCGGCCUAGGAGCCAACUCACUUUACUACGACCUAACCGGAGGCACUCAGGCUGGGUCAUGUGGGACGGGCGGUCGGUGGGCGCGACGCGGGGGCGCGGCUGGGGCCCGUGGUGGUGCUCGCCGCGCCGCACGUGGCCGGCGCACGCCCAGCGCCACCCCUGGCAACCCGCGCGCCAACCCAAGUUUACCAGGUAAACGCAAGCACGACGGGGGUCACGAGAACCAAGGGGGAGAGUCGAAGCGGCGGCUGGGCGCGACGGCGUGCGGGUGGGGGUCGCCGGCGGCCGCGAGCUAGUGCCGUCCCCCGCCCCGGCCCCGCCCCCGCCGCCGCCCGCCCUCGCCCCCGCCGGCGCCAUUCGCGGUGAGCCCCCGCUUGGAGCACUACAAACUGUGCGGGGGAGCACUUGCCGCGUCCCCAGCGCCAGCCGCGAGGGUCCCCGACCCCUUAUUUUUUCUAUAUAUGUGUUUUUUUAUUUGAUUUUCAAGUUUUCGAUUUUGUAUCGCAUCGAUUCCGUAAAAAUCUUAAAGUAGGACGUUAUGAAAUGUUUCGAUUGUAAGUUUUCCGUUAUGCUUAUGUUUUGUCUGUCGUAUCGUAUCGGCCGUAUAUAUAUUUGUUUGAUAUGUAAGGUAGGGGCGACGCGCGGCUGCGGUUUCCUGUUUGCGUCCGCGCGCUCGACUCUGGAAACCCUCGACUGUCUGUUUUUUUUUAAUACAUGUUAUUCGAUAUAUUUUAUUCCUGCGAACGCAUUUUGCGAUGUGAUGUGUAUUUUAGCAGUAAUUAUUAUAUUGUAAGAAGUUUGACUGUUGUUUUUUGACACACUUACAACAUAGGGUUACACAUGAUGAAUCGAAUGUAAUAAUGAACUGUGACGACAGCGGCGACUGCGGCUGAGACGCGAUGAUGAACCACCUUUUUUGUACUCGACAACAUUUCCGACUGUGUUCCUGCUUUAGUUUUUUGCUUUAUUUUUAUUACAUAUUUCCCUUAAAGUAAAAUGCAUUAGUGUGAGGGAGAGUAGUAUUGUAAAAGUUCAGGAUUCCUGUAUGUUUAUUAUGUAAUGAUGCUGUACUAAACUUUGUUUUUGUAUUCUCGACCACAUGGCACGUCCGUACGUACGUACUGUUGGAACUCUGACUUGUAACGACAAUCUUGUAUCAGUUUAAUAUGUGGAAUAAAAUUGCAAAACUGUGUUUGCCUUAUUA